CUUUCAUUUCACUUUAUUUCGUUCGCAUGUACGCACGUUGGCCGCGGAGCAACAUCUCCCCAAAACAAAAACCAAAAAAAAAAACAAAAAACAAAAACCAAAAAUACACAGCAACAACACGGCAGCAGCCGUCGCUCAGACGCGGAACUUGGCUCGAACUUUAGUUUGGUUUUUAGUGGCCAGUGCCAGUGGCCCAGUGGCUAAAAGUGGCUAAAGUGCGGCGGAAUCGGGCGAUUCGGACGAAUCGGUUAACGGUUGAGACACCUAUCGGCUAAGCUCUCGCGCUUAAAACCCCUUUUUUUUAAUGUUGUCAAAGCUUAAGUGGUAUUGAAAACAUCAAAAUAUAUGUAAAUUAUAGGCAAGAAUCGAAAGCCAAGAGUGGUAUGUGUCCUUAGUUUUGACCCAAGACCAAGAUCUAAGAAAAUAACUACCCCUGACACCCUCACAACACACACGAACACACACAAAUUCACCCACACACACACACCACACACAAGUCUCAUUUUAAUCUCAGUCUCAUUUCGAGGAUCAAUAAGGAGGAUCAAUCAAUCAAUAUCAAUCGAUUCAUUAUGUUUUAAAUAUUUUUUUGGAGUGAUUUAAGUUUGGCAAUGGACGCAGACUUCUUCUUCUAAUCAAACCCAAUGGAUUUCAUGUGUAAUGUGCACGUGCUUUAGAAGAAGAAGUUCAUAUAAACAAAUGGUUGUUGUGAUUUGAAAGUGUUUUGAAAUGUGUUUAAAAAUCGGUGUUUGCCCAGCCAGAAUGGCCCAGCACUCGUUUGUCCUGUUUGGCCUGUACCUGCCCACCUAGAAUAUUGCCCAAAUGAAUGCCCAGCAGCCGCUGAUCCUCGAGCCGAAGGCCAGUAGUGUUGUUGCCCCAGCUGCUGCCGCAGAGGUGGUCAAGAAAGCAGAGGAAGCGGAGGCCACGGAAGCGGCGGCAUCGGCGGACUCCUAUCCGCCGCAGCUCCUGAACGGCGGGCACGAUGAGCAGCGGGUCAAUGGCAAUCACGGCUGCCGGCUGGACGACCCGGAUCAGCCGGAUCGACAGGAUGACACCGCCACCAACAAGCUGACCAUUAUCAAGACGCCGCUAAACAAAACGCUGCUCAAGAAGUGCAACAGCAAUGGCAGCCUGCAGCUGCCACACAGCAACAAUGGCAGCAACAGCAGCAGCAUCAACAUCAAUAACAGCCGCACCAACAACAACAACAACAACAAAAACAGCAACAGCAGCAACAACAACAACAGCACGGUCAGCGGCGACAUCGACAGCGCCUGCGAUUCCGGUUUGCAAAGCGGAAAUAGCAAUGAACAAGAACCAUUUGCCAACGAUCGCCAUCAUCACAUUCACCACCACCACCAUCACUAUCAUCAUCAUCAUGGUGGCGAUAAAGGCGGAGAGACGGGCACGGGCGAUCUUGCAUCUUUAUCGUCCACGGAUUUAACCCAGGUCAAGGAAGAGCCAACUACUGCACAGGAAAAUGACAAUCAUCUAAAAUCAGGAGCAGCAGGAGGAGCAGCAGCCACACCUGCAACGGUGGCAACAACACCUGCAACGGUCACUUGCAAUCCCAGCAAGUGCAACAAGUGCAAUUCACACAACAACAACAGCAACUGCAACAAUAACAACAAUACCGUCAACAACAACAAUAAUAAUAACAAUAAUAAUAAUAAUAACAAUAAUUCAAGCAACAAUACCAACAACAACAACAAUAACCAUUACAACAAUUACAAUAACUAUUAUAAGAAAAAGUCUCGUAUGCCGCCCAUUUGCCGAAUUAUGACACUGAGCCGUGGCCCGUACAGCGAGCUCGAUAAAAUGAGCCUUUUUCAAGACCUCAAACUCAAACGGCGGAAAAUCGAUUCGCGAUGCAGCAGUGACGGCGAGUCCAUAGCGGACACGUCCACCUCGUCGCCGGAUCUUUUGGCGCCCAUGUCGCCGAAGCUCUGCGACAGUGGUUCGGCGGGGGCGGCGUCCUUGACCCUGCCACUGCCAUUGCCCCUCCCCCUGCCGAUGAGCCUGCCGCUGCCCAUGUCGCUGCCUCUACCGCUAACGGCGGCAUCGUCGUCGUCAUCUUCGUCGGCGGUCACCGUUUCUCUGGCAGCGGUUGUGGCAGCGGUGGCUGAAACCGGAGGAGCUGGCGGGACAGCGGUGACAGCCUCCAGAGCGGGACCCUGCGUCUCCACAUCUUCAACGACGGCGGCAGCAGCCACAUCCUCGACCUCCUCGCUCUCGUCCUCCUCCUCCACUUCGUCAUCCUCCUGCUCCACGUCAUCCAGCAACUCCUCCGCCUCGCCGACAGCCGGAACCGGAUCCGGAACCGGAUCCUCCUCCACCUGCCCCGCCAGCAGUAGCAGCAACAAGGUUGGUGGCCACAUCAAGCAGGAGCACACCGAGAUCCACUCCUCGAGCAGUGCCAUUUCGGCGGCUGCCGCCUCCACUGUGAUGUCACCACCGCCCGCAGAGCCGGCGAGAUCCAGUCCAGGAUCAACUGGCGCAGAAGGGGGAGGAGCUGGUGGAGCAGGAGCAGCACUUCCUCCAGGAGUGGCAAUCAAUGAACACCAAAACAAUGGCAAUGGUAGCGGCAGCGGAAGCAGUCGCGCCUCGCCCGAUUCGCUGGAAGAGAAGCCCUCGACCACGACGACGACGGGUCGUCCAACGGUCACGCCCACAAAUGGAGUGCUGUCCUCCGCCUCCUCGGCGGUGGGCACAGCAGGAAUCGGGAUCGGAAUGGGGAUGGGAAUGGGGAUGGGGAUCGGGAUCACCAACACAGGGAGCAGUGUGAUACGCUCCGUGAAGGAGGAACGAUUGCUUAGCGUGUCCAGCAAAAUGCUGGCGUUCCAUCAGCAGCGGGAGCAGGAGACCAAAGCAGCGGCAGCAGCAGCAGCAGCAACGGCGGCCGGACAUGUAACGGUUCUAGUGACGCCAUCGCGGAUCAAAUCAGAGCCACCGCCGCCAGCCUCACCCUCCUCCACAUCCAGUACACAAAGGGAAAGGGAGCGGGAGCGGGAACGAGAACGAGAACGAGAACGAGAAAGGGAGCGGGAUCGAGACAGAGAGCGGGAUAGAGAUAGAGAGCGAGAGCGAGAGCGCGAGCGGGAACAGUCCAUCAGCUCUUCGCAGCAGCAUCUGAGCCGGGUCUCCGCCAGUCCACCCAUGCCCACCCACAGCCUGGGUGGUGGACCCACCAUCGUCCAGACGCACCAUCUUCACCAGCAACUCACCCAGCCACUAACUUUGCGCAAGAGUAGCCCGCCCACAGAGCACCUGCUCAGCCAGUCCAUGCAGCACCUCACCCAGCAGCAGCAGCUUCAUCUGCAUCACUUGCUGGGCCAGCAGCAACAGCAGCAACAGGUCUCGCAUCCGCAGCAGCAACAUUCGCCUCACUCUUUGGUGAGGGUGAAGAAGGAGCCGAAUGUUGGUCAGCGUCACUUGUCGCCGCAUCACCCGCAACAGUCGCCCCACCUGCAGCACCACCAGCAGCAGCAGCAGCAGCAGCAACAGCAACAACAGCAGCAGCAACAACAGCAGCAGCAGCAUCUACACCAGCAGCAACAGCAGCAACACCACCAGCAACAACAGCAGCAACCGCAAGCUCUGGCCCUAAUGCAUCCCGCCUCGCUGGCGCUGAGGAACAGCAACCGGGAUGCCGCCAUCCUGUUCCGGGUGAAGAGCGAGGUGCAUCAGCAGGUGGCCGCCGGACUGCCCCAUCUCAUGCAAUCCGCGGGCGGGGCAGCGGCAGCAGCAGCGGCGGCAGUGGCCGCCCAGCGAAUGGUCUGCUUCAGCAAUGCGCGGAUCAAUGGGGUGAAGCCAGAGGUGAUUGGCGGUCCGCUGGGCAACCUGCGACCCGGCGGCAAUGGAGGUGGCGGCCCCGUGCAGUGCCCCUCGCCGCAUCCCUCCUCCUCCUCGUCAUCCUCGCAACUGUCGCCGCAGACGCCCUCGCAGACGCCGCCCCGCGGCACGCCCACCGUCAUCAUGGGCGAGAGCUGCGGGGUGCGCACCAUGGUGUGGAGUUAUGAGCCCCCGCCACCCUCGGUGGGCCAGCAUCCGCAGCAGCAGCAGCAACAGCAGUCGCCGCACCACCAGUCGCAGCAGCAACAGCAGUCGCAGCAACAGCAGCAGCAACAGCAACAGCAACAGCAGCAACAGCAGCAACAACAGCAGCAGCAACAGGCGCUGAGCCAGCAGCAACAUUGCCUAUCCUCACCCUCGGCGGGAUCACUGACGCCCUCUUCCUCCGGCGGAGGAUCAGUUUCGGGCGGCGGCAUAUCCUCGGUCACACCGCAGAACAACGAGGAGGCCGCCCAGCUGCUGCUCUCCCUGGGACAGACGCGCAUCCAGGAUAUGAGGUCGCGGCCCCACCCCUUCCGCACUCCGCACGCCCUCAACAUGGAGCGUCUGUGGGCGGGCGACUACUCGCAGCUGCCGCCUGGCCAGCUGCAGGCCCUCAAUCUGAGCGCCCAACAGCAGCAGUGGGGCAGCAGCAACUCCACGGGUCUGGGCGGAGUGGGCGGCGUGGGUGGCGGCCUGGGCGGACGCGGCCUGGAGGCGCCACACGAGCCCACCGACGAGGACGAGCAGCCGCUCGUGUGCAUGAUCUGCGAGGACAAGGCCACCGGCCUGCACUACGGCAUCAUCACGUGCGAGGGGUGCAAGGGCUUCUUCAAGCGGACGGUGCAGAACCGACGGGUCUACACCUGCGUGGCGGACGGCACCUGCGAGAUAACCAAAGCACAGCGCAACCGUUGUCAGUAUUGUCGAUUUAAGAAGUGCAUCGAGCAGGGCAUGGUGCUGCAAGCCGUUCGCGAGGAUCGAAUGCCGGGCGGUCGCAACAGCGGCGCCGUCUACAACUUGUACAAGGUGAAGUACAAGAAGCACAAGAAGACCAACCAGAAGCAGCAGCAGGCCGCCCAGCAGCAACAGGCCGCCCAACAGCAGCAGCAACAACACCAGCAGCAGCAGCAGCAUCAGCAGCACCAGCAACACCAGCAAUUGCACUCGCCGCUGCACCACCCGCACCCACACCAGGGUCACCAGUCGCACCACUCGCAGCAGCAGCACCACCCGCAGCUUUCACCGCACCACCUGUUGUCGCCGCAGCAGCAGCAACUGGCCGCCGCAGUGGCGGCCGCUGCGCAGCACCAACAACAGCAGCAGCAACAGCAACAGGCCAAGCUGAUGGACAUGAAGCCCAUGUUCCUGGGCCCGGUUCUCAAGCCGGAGUUACUGCAGGUUCCGCCCAUGCAUAGUCCGGCCCAACAGCAGCAACAACAGCAACAGCAGCAGCAGCAACAGGCCUCUCCGCAUCUCUCGCUGGGCUCGCCGCAUCAGCAACAGCAGCAGGAUCGAACCCAAAACCAUCACCAGCAGCCAGGUGGGGGAUCAGGAGGAGGAGGAGGAGGAGGAGGAGGCGGAGGUGCCCAACUUCCACCACAUCUGGUCAAUGGAACAAUACUAAAGACGGCCCUGACCAAUCCCAGCGAAAUUGUGCAUCUGCGUCACCGCCUCGACUCGGCGGUAAGUUCGUCCAAGGAUCGCCAGAUCUCGUACGAGCAUGCUUUGGCCAUGAUCCAAACCCUGAUCGAUUGCGAUGCCAUGGAGGACAUUGCCACGUUGCCGCAUUUCAGCGAGUUCCUCGAGGACAAGUCGGAGAUUAGUGAAAAGCUAUGCAACAUUGGGGACUCGAUAGUGCACAAGCUGGUGUCGUGGACAAAGAAGCUGCCCUUCUAUCUGGAAAUCCCCGUGGAGAUUCACACCAAGCUGCUGACCGACAAGUGGCAUGAGAUACUCAUCCUGACCACGGCCGCCUACCAGGCGUUGCAUGGCAAGCGAAGCCGGGGCGGCGGCGAAGGGGGUACGCCGGGCAGCAGGCAUGGCUCGCCGGCAUCAACGCCGCUGGCCACGCCCACCGCCGCCACACCGUUGAGCACGACUACGCCCAUAGCCUCCUCGCCUGCCCAGCCGCUUCACAAGGACGAUCCGGAAUUUGUCAGCGAGGUGAACUCGCAUCUGAGCACCCUGCAAACCUGCCUGACCACGCUGAUGGGUCAGCCCAUUGCCAUGGAGCAGCUGAAGCUAGACGUUGGCCACAUGGUGGACAAGAUGACCCAGAUCACCAUCAUGUUCCGGCGCAUCAAGCUCAAGAUGGAGGAGUACGUGUGCCUGAAGGUCUACAUACUGCUGAACAAAGCAGAAGUGGAACUGGAGAGCAUCCAGGAGCGGUACGUCCAGGUGCUGCGCUCCUACCUGCAGAACUCCUCGCCGCAAAAUCCGCAGGCGAGGCUCAGCGAGCUGCUCUCCCACAUACCCGAGAUCCAGGCUGCGGCCAGUCUGCUGCUCGAGAGCAAGAUGUUCUAUGUGCCCUUUGUGCUCAACUCGGCGAGCAUAAGGUAGCAGAUGCU